GUUGAUGUGUAGUCUGGUUCCGUAACCAAUGGCAUCCGAACUGUCCCCUCGACUGACAUAAAACUGAUAGCCUAGAGGCACCAUGGUUCUCAUCCCAGUGGUUGACUCGUGGACGAAUGGGAAAUAGGUAAUUAAGUUGGAGUCCUGCAAAUCGUGAGGUCUAUUUUUCCUUUCUGUCCGUGACACUUGCUACAUUUCUAAUUACCAAAAGUGAGUAGCGUAGCCUACUGCAGUGCCAACAAUGGAAGCAACUGAGAAUACAUUACAUCCCCGUAGCGUCGGUGGUACGCAAUAUAAGCUCUUAUCUGAUAAGUAUGCUACUGGGACACAUGAUGAAUUGAAAUACGUUGAUUUAGACAAUUCAUUAAAUAUAUGCAAAACGAAUGGAAACGUGUCUUCUCCUGGAGAAGGGUACCAUGAUGUGGUUCAGAAAUGUUGUAGUAAUGCAAGUUUGAAGGCAAGAGACAAAAUUCCUGAAAACGAAGAUCUGGUAAAUCCCUUCAAAACGGUCAGCAAAUGCAGUAGUAAUACCGAAGCUAAGAAAUGUAUGGAUAACAAAGACGUAUUGGAACUUACAUCCGACUUAUAUUUAAACGAAAAUGUUAAUAAUUGCCUCAAAUUAGGCAUACACGAAAUGUGCACUGAAAAUCUGAAGUCCAACUCGAAAUCAGCAGGAUAUAUUUUACCACUGAAAGAAGAAACUGUAAACACUUGGAAUGACAAUGAAGAUUUGCAAUACACAGAUAUUUAUCUAAGCAGGACAAUUGAGUCAGAUGAUGAUGUUAUAGUCUUGUCCGAUGAUUGUGUACCGUGCCUCAUGGAGGAUGAAUCCCAUUACAUUACUACUCAUGAAAUCCUGCUCUCUGAGCUUUCAGAUCAUGAAGUGGAUAAUGACAUCGGAGCAGGGUCCUGUUGGGACAUUGAGGCUGAUAACCAAAUGUACUCUUUUGUGGAUUAUGCUUCUUUUGAUUGUGACGAAACGAGAGAUGUAGGUGAGAGAGGUAAAAACAAACAGGGUCAGUCUAUUGGCAGAAUAGCAAGCCGUGUACUUGAAAAUGAUAGAUGUGGUAAGGCAACGUGCAACUCCUCGGAGUGUCUUAAGACACCACUUGGUAAGUGUAAUGGGAACUCUGAGGGGCAGAUUCACUUGUCUAUCAAAACAACUUCCUGUGCUAUACAUGAGCCUAGCAACAUCCAGGAAAAUGAAAAUACUCUUUAUCAUGCUAAGCAUGCAGGAGACGUGAGUCGGUAUGUUUUCAGAGGUGAUGCGAAAGCGGAUAGAUUGUGUGAUGAUGCGAAGUGUUUAAUUGCUGCCCCCGGGUGGUUGCACUUUGGCAGCAAAUUAAAAGGCAAACAUGGUAACGAGUACUCCAGCAGUGCAUCUAGCGCUGUGAGUGAACUUGACGACGCCGACAAGGAAGUGCGCAAUUUGACAGCCAGAGCGUUCAAGAGUUUAGCGUACCCCUAUUUUGAUUCCAUAAAUGUUUGCACCUCCAGCGAUUCAUCUGCUUCAGAACGUGGCCUGGGGAUAAAUAGCUGGUCAACGUUUGUGGACCUUAAAUAUGGAAACAUAUCCCAGGGAAGAGGAAAAAAUAGCAUGUCCCAUAAAAUGUCAUCUUGUACAAUGGCAAAGAAAAAAGACGAUCAAGGUUGUAAAAGCGGUGCAUUAACUAACAUAAAGCCACCCCCGAGCAAUAUGUUUAAUUUGAAUGGCAAUCCUCAUAACGCUGCUUCAAAAAAGAAAAUUGCUCUCAUGGGAACCUUUGGGCAGGGCCAUAGUGGAGUUAUUACGCUUACAGAGACAUUAAAUAUUUGCUGCAAUGUCAAAUCAGGGGUGCCUCGGGGAGAAAGGCGUUCAAAAUGUCAAACUGUCAAAAAUGUCAAAAACUCAGCAGGAUCACGUUCCACAGAUGAAGUUACCAACGCCUCGCCAGGCGGACAGGGUGGUGAGACUAGAAGACGACCCUGUAAUGCAAGGGAAACCAUGGAAGACACACACAAGAAAGCAAUAUUCGCAUCAAGUCUUCUUAAAAAUGUUAUAUCCAAAAAAAUGCAGUUUGAGCACGAGCGCAAAAUGGAAAGGGGGGAGAUAUGCGAACCCUAUCAAGUCCCAUCACCCUGCUUUGUCCAUCAAGACCUAGAAAAUCUCAAGGAAAAUGGCACAACAAGUGAGUCCAGGGAUAGGCAGAGCUCAAAAUAUUCAGAGGCCGGUUCUGACAACACAAUAGUUUGUGUUCAAGAAUUAGGGGACAUUGUGGACAGCAGUUUGUGCGAUGCCAAGUGCGGCUCUGGGAGACAAGCUUCUUACACUAAUUUAAAGUCGGCAAAUGAAGUGGGAUUCGAUACUAAAAAAAGAGCAUUCGAAGCGGCCAAAAGCACGUUGCUUCGAAGCAAAAAUAGCGCUUUCAGAUCCUGGAGGGACGGUGAGCUAGAGUUUCAAAAGGAACAAACAAAUUAUCAAACUCCAGAGUGGAAACUGCCUUCGACUAAAGACAACCUCGGAGACACAGACUUGUGCGCCGAUUCGGGGACUAGUAAACUGGCACAUUUGUUUGUGCCAAAUAUCCAACUACCAUCAAGUGAGAGAGAAGUUGAUAAUCAGCUGCAGACUAUGAAUUAUUUGAAACGCGCGCCCAACGAUCAGAAAGAGGGAGAAGGCAUGAGGUUGCGCUCUGACAAUACCUUAUAUGUCCCUGAUUCAACAAGAACUUCGGCUCCAUCAAAAUCACCGGAAAUCAAAUUGAAGAGUUUGAAAUACAACAAAAGUGACAAGUUUAACAUCUCAAAAUGUCCUAUUUUUAACCUAGUUUGUAAUGGUGCCAACCUGAUAAAGACAGCUGAUGACUCCAGAUGCCAUGCGCUCGCUCCGGUGUUAAAGGGUGAGUCCUCCGACAAAGUACCACACUUUAUGGUCAGAGACAUAAGAGACAGCAAGGGAAAGCUUCAAACACCCAUACAUCAAGUUAGAGAUGUGCGUAAAUUGGUUAAAAGUUCUUAUCACUUUGUUUCCUUGGAUAACAACGAUAACAAAUUCAGUUCUUUUGGAGUGGACCUUCAUUCAGAGCAAAGGAUUCAAAAACACAGCUGUCAUAAAAACCGUGCAUCAGUUUCCCCCAUAGUGAUAAAGUGUCAGUCUGUGAAUACAAAUAGUAAUGUUAAGGAAUCUGAACAUCUAGCUGCAGUCUCUAAAUGUAAACUCAAUAAGGAUACUUUUGAAAUUGAUAGGUCAUCUCCAGAGGUUGGAUCACUUAUCCAUCAACCAACAGAAAUAGUGCCAUUAGGUAAUACAAAAAAAGAUAUGUCAGAGGGACACAUUGGAUUGAAAAUUGAAACUAGAACAGCUUCUAGAAAACAAGAGAAAACACCUGAUAUAACUGUGAAAAAAAAUGAAACCAAGAUGGCCAACAAGGCUGCCUUACAAAAACUACAGGCUGCAGUGAAAACCAUGGAGCAGUUGUAUGUUUUUGAUAGAAAUGAAUGGAAAAGAAAGUCCAAUCCCAUAACAGAAAGCAAUGUCCUCUCCCUGGUUUCCAAUAAUGAACUUGGUAGGCCUGUAGAAGAGGAUGGACAUGUAAGCAAUGCUAGGCCAACAUCCAUCAUGGAGAAGCUUAAAAUAAUGGACUCCUAUCCAAGCACAGACAAAACUCCCCCUGCAAUGACACCCUCCCCUAGUUUGGAGAUAAAAAAAGAAAACAAACCAACCAAAACAUUUUACAUCCCUCACAGCAGAGAGGUGACAAAUGGGCCCAAAUGGCCCUCACAACAAGGUGGUGGAACAGGUAGCAAAACAUUUUAUCUUAGCGCCAGUCAAAAUACAUCAAUAAACACAACUGCAAGUAUUAAUAUGAAUACAGCCCAGUCUCAUGUCAUCUCCCAAGCACCUUACAGGACUCAGGGCUUCUGUACAAAAUCACCUAAAGUUCCAGUGUCAUUGAAGAUUUCUCAGGCAAGAUGCCUAGUAGAGGACAGUGAGAGACCUAAGAAAAAUGAGGCAGGUAGGCCAGUUACACACACCCAAUCCAUCAUCUCAGCUGUACCAGAGAAUGAUCUAACCAUACCUUUCAAGUCCCAUACCACCAGCACCGAACAAAUUGAAGGGUCAGGCCAUGAUAAGGCAUCCGUUUACAAUUUCAGCGCCAUAGGUGCCAAUACUCAAACUAUUGUCUACCCACCGGAGCAUACGAGCCAUGCUGAUGCUGUAAGGAAGCAGGAAGAGAGCCACCAGUCCCCAAAGCACUCCACCAUUGUCAUGGAAGUACAAUCCCAUGACACCCCUACCACCACCAUCUAUCACCACUCCCUCCCCAUGACCAUGUCCUCAGCUCAACACCAGGUCAUUUGUUUCUCCCCCACCAUGGCAACUAUACCAACCAUUGACCACUUCCAGGCCACCCAAAGGAAGAUGCUGCUGGACCCUACCACUGGAAACUACUACCUAGUCGACACACCUGUCCAACCAGCAACCAAACGACUCUUUGACCCUGAGACGGGCCAGUAUGUAGAUGUGCCCAUGCCGCAGCCACCUAUGACUCCCUUGCCCAUGCCCAUGUCCAUCUCUCCUUUGGCAAUGAACCCUGGGGCUUUUGGGCACUCUUAUAUGAUGUACCCAGGGUUUAUGUCUACACCAACAGUGAUCCCAGCACGGACAAUGCAGUCCCAGAUGUCCAUGAACUCUGAGGCUGACAAUGGAAAUAAAGGCUCCCACUCCCAGCAGAGUGAUGGGGUCUACAUUGAGAGCCCAUACUACAUGGCCACAGGGAAGUCGCCACUGCCUCAACGUCUCACAAAGGUUAGAACGCCACUCGGAAAUAACAAUGACAAGCCACCCGUCAUCAACAUGGCCUCUCAGCAAGGUCCUAGGAUCAUUGCACCACCCUCCUUUGAUGGGACAACCAUGAGCUUUGUGGUUGAGCACAGAUAAAACCACUGGUCACAUAAUAUCUCCUGUAGGACAUGUGAUCUACUCUUGGAAUCAAUGCUGUCUCAACCAUCUCUGAAGUACCAGCUUCCAUUUGACUGCAAAAUUAAUGUUAAGUAGUUACAUUUGAACUAAUAUGUUUUUAACUCAAUGUUAAGGGAAGACAAUGAAUCAGAUUAUUUGGAGACAAUUAGCCAGAUACAACUAUUUUUCAUAUUCUUAAAUUUUACAUCAUAUUUUUAAGCACUUUAAAGUAAAACAUUGUAAUCUUAUGAUAUCAUACAUCAUUGUGAAGUGCAACAGUAUCACAUAAGUAACACUGCAACUGUGCAAAACUCUUCGGCUAGAUCUUUUGUUAUAAACCUUACGUACAUUUUAUUUUGUGUUCUUUUAAAUUCGAGUACAGGAUACUGUGGGUGAGUUGUCACACUUAAUUAUAUGGAAAUAUAUCUCUGUUUUACAAUAUGUAAUUGAAACACUAAAUAUAACACUAUAUAUAACAAUAUGUCUUCUUUCGUGGGUGAAUGAUAAUAAUUCUUAGGUAAGGUACUCGAAAUGUCAUAAUAUAUAUUUCUUGGAAUGUUUAAUUACUGAAAUUGUAUUCAUAAUUCAUUGUAUUAAUUAUUUGUAUUAUUCUACAGAUUUACAUAGUUCUGUACAUUUGUCUGGUCUUAAAACAUUUGUGAGCUGGUAUAGUGGAUAACUACACCACUCCUUAUGUAAAUUGUGAGACCUACACCACAGGGGCGUCGUUAGAUUAUUUUAGCUGGGGCAUGUGCCCCAGUAUAAAUCUGCUGUGUAAAGUUUGAGUUUUAACAAUUUACUAUUAGUCAGUGCAUUCAUUUAGAUUGAUAAUCCUAGAAAAAUAAACGCAGUCUCCCAAUCAACGUUUGUUAAUCAAAGCAGUUAAACCGAAAACACAAACCAAUGCCCGUAGAAUUCCACACUCAAAAAAUAAUUCAAGGGACUUGUAAAAGUUAAAUAAAGGUAUUCUUGCUUAAAAAAAAUACUGACCUUCAUUAUGAUGAGUAUUUGGAUUAACUGUAUUAAAAUUCAUGAGUGAAUCUCAAACAGCAUUCUUUGUGUAAAAUGAACAUGUAGUUAGUAAGUUUAUUUAGUAAAAAUGAAUGAUUUGACUGACAGAUUACAUUUUUUGGAUAUUUGAAAUAAUUACUGUAUGUUUCAACAACAUUUUUUAUUAAUAUUGUUAGAAUUAUUUUUAAGAACAACAAUUAUUAGACAACUCAACUUAAUAUUUUUGGAAACUUUACUUAACAACUUAAAAGAAUGAGUGUGUAUGAAGUGACGUCAUUUCGUCAAUGGUUCUGGCUCAGGCAGACGACACGGGGACGUGGCUUGGCGGGCACAGCUACUUGAAGGUCUGACUGGACUCCACCGAAAAGACCACAAGUUGAAGUAAGCAACAUUUAACACAAUAACAGUUUUACAUACAUCUCAAUUACAGAAGCAACAACUGAGCGUGAAAUAUCAGCCGACCAACAUUACUGUGAUGUCAAAGUCAUUCUUUGCCAAAGCUAAUUUGACUUGUUAGCACACUUUGGCUAGCUAGCUAGCCGAGUCUGCAUGUGCUAUGUGUUUUCUUCAGAAGGCUAAACUAAGCUUACAUUAGCCACAGUUAUAUUACAUACAGUUCAACAUUGGCAGGGCUAUCAAGUUUUGAAGACAGGCAAGAGUGACAUUCUCUCCCCCUCAGGAGGUCAAAAAAAUUAAUUGAUUUUUACCUGACAUCUUUGAAAGGCAGCAAUGAUUAAUGCAUCUCAUAAUUUUUUAUGCAUAUGACAUUCAUGACAUUGACAUAUGCAUAUGACAUUCGCACUGGGUUCGAUCCUGCCAUCUCUGACAUCCUAAGCGCCGCCACUACCAACUACGCCAACGAAAAGCUAGAUAACCUUUGAAGCGGGUGGCAUUUUACUUACCUGACCAGUGAGUUUCACCGAUACACACCGGCUAAAUCUAUGAACUACUUGUUCUG